UCUCGCCUGGAAAACCCUAGGAGAGAAUGACGCAAGAGGCUACUGAGGUCGUGCGCUUGGGAGCAGGGAGCUUUGCCACAGUCUACGUAUGGCAAUCGCGCAACAACCUUGCGAUUAAGUGCUUGGCGGAUGUCAGUCGCAUUCCCGACCUGCUCGAAGAGUUUGAGAAUCACCGGAAGGUAAGCAGGGCGUGCGAGUGCGCCGGAAAUCUCUUUCUGGUGCCCAAGGCCAUGGAAUUCUUCCCGUCUCUUGCAUCACUGGGGGAGCGCCUGCGAAUGGAUUCGUCGCUCCUGCCAAAUAUACCAGCUGCGUACACGAUGCAGCGAGUCUGGCCCGUCCCACCGGCUCUUGCGGAUUCCAUCAGGGCCAAGUUCUUCCCCUCGCUCCACUCCGACUACUCCAAGCCCUUCAUCGCACGGAUCUACUUGGGUGCAAAACCCCAGCGCAUGGUUUCUCGAUUCUUCAACGCCAACAACUUUCCGCUGGAUGCCAAUCGUUGCAAGGAGCUGGGGCUGCCGGUUGAGUCACUGGCCCAAGACAUGGGUAGACUUCUCGCCAGGAUCCAUCAUCUCGCAGGACUGGAUGGUCGUGACAUCGAGUUUGUCGUAGGUGGCGACGAGCUGAGGAGCUUCUCCGAGCCCGGGUUUUCCUGCUUUGAUUUCAACCAGUGCAAGCCUCACAACGACAAUGUGGACGCACUCGUGCACAGCUUCUUUGACAAUGAUCCCUACUAUCCUCGGCCUGGCAUGGAGUUUUGGGACGAUUUCAAGGACUGGUACCUGCGGGAAGCCGUGCUUGCUCCAGACAGGGCAAAGUCUGUACGUCUGGGAAGGAUGUUCCUGGACAUGGUUGAAGCCAAAGUGGCAGACAAGACCGCCCAAGAAGCUCCAGAAGGCAGGGGCAAUGAGAUGGCGCUCCUGGAGAGUUGAAAGUAGGGCGCUCUUUGUUUGAACGACGUUUUUGAAGUAACAUAACAUGGCUUGCUAUCUGAAAUUUAUAUUUCUUGUAGCACCUACGAGUGGAGGUCUUGGGAGGAGCGGGAGCUCGAAGUUGUGAGUGGUGUUAAAGGAGAUGAGCGUCGUAUUGAAGAGUGCUGUCCAUUAGAGCUCUCCAGGAGUUGGAGACUGCUCGGCACAAACCUCGAUAGGAUGUUCUCAAGAGCAA